AUGGAACUUGCCUUUCGCUACAAUAUGCAGUGCUUUAACACUGCCAUAAAGCCUGCUGCUUUCAAAUACGCCUUUGAUAAGCACAACUGUCGGAAGGUAUUGUAUUUUGACAAUGACAUUUGGAUCCUGCAGCCCCUUACAACCAUCAUUGAGGCGCUUGACCAGUACCGACUAGUCGUCACUCCGCACGUAACACAGGAGGUGCCCCUGGACGGUCUCCACCAAGACGAACGAACUCUCAUGCUUGCUGGGCAAUUUAACUUCGGAUUUAUUGCUGCAUCGAAGAGUGAGCUGACCCUAGAGUUUCUCGACUGGUGGUUGAACCGUCUGCGCUAUUAUGGGUAUGCAGAGCCGCGCAAGGGCAUGCACUUCGAUCAAAAUUGGGGCCAGCUGAUGGUGUCUUACUUACCCCAAACGGAGUACCUGGUACUGAGAGACCCGCGGUACAAUGUCGCGUAUUGGAACCUUCAUUACAGAGGCAUUCAUCUACACAUGGAGAAUGGCGUUGUGCUGUAUGACUCGGAGCCAGUUGUAUUCAUGCAUUUCUCAGGCAUGUCUGACCUGCACAAGUACAAUCUGGAGUCCAUUUCACCGCACCAAAAUCGCUUCAAGAUGGUCGACUUCCCAGAGCUCCGGGAGAUCGUGACUAGCUACCAAGCAAUGUUGCAGAAAGAGGAUGCCUGGCGAUGGCGAAAUGUGUCCUACAACUUCGAGUACUUCGAUGAUGGGACUUCUAUUCCGAUGGUGAUCCGUCAAUACUAUGCUGACAUGAUGGAUCCGGAGGAGCCUUUUCGCAAUGACAAGAAUCUGUUUAAGGAACUGGUCGCACACGAAAGUCCAUUCGCCGUCCAUGCGGACAGUGGCAAAUUCAGCUUGCUGGACUGGAUGCUGCAAGGUGCACACCACUUGCUUGUGGAGCAGUCGGGCCAAUACCUGAUAUGCGAGCUGGUGUGGCAAGUUUAUCUCCACAGACCUGAUUUGCGGGCAGCCUUUCCGGAUCCUUUCGGGAAGAGUGCAGAGAAAUUGUUCAACUGGGCUCAGCAAAAUUUAGCCACUGAGCUUGACCUCGAGAGUCUCCUGACACAACAUUUUGAGAGAGAACAGCACCGGCCUAUGCCGAACUUCUCCAAAGGCGUCAACAUCUACGGCUACUUCUUAGGAGUCUUCGGGGUGGCCCAAUCUGCCCGGUUGCUACAUGGGGCCUUGAAGGAAGUCAAGGUGCAGACCCACCGCAUUCUCCUUCCCUCCACCGACAAGCAGCACAGAUCGAGCCUUCUUCGGUUGAAUGCCUCCCGCACUCCGCGGCAUCGGACGAAUCUGUUUGUCACAAACGCAGACAUGACACCGGUACUACGGCGUUUUUAUCCUGAUCGCCUUCGGAAGAUGCACUACAACAUCGGAUAUUGGGCAUGGGAGCUGGACACGUUUCCAGAAGAAUGGAUAAAACACUUGCGCUUCUAUGACGAGGUAUGGACCACCUCCGAUUUCGUCACGGAAUCGAUCAAAACCAGCUGCCAAGCCAGCGGAAUGAAAAUCAGAACGCCUGUUGUGACAAUGCCCAUGGGCUUUGACAUCAACUUCGACCAUUACAGGAAGGCUAAGUCCCGCUUCGACCUGCCAAAGCGCACCGUCGUGUUCUUGGUGCUGUUCGACUUCCAAAGCUCUUUUCACCGCAAGAACCCCUUGGGCGCACUGGAAGCCUUCCGGUUUGCGUUUGAAGGAGACUCGCCGGACUUGCCGGACGUUCUGCUCGUGAUCAAGUGUCUUGUACCUCGAACACAUGGCUUCACAUUUGAGCAGGAGUUCCUUGAGCUGAAGCAGGCUGUGGACAAGAGCCGUCGUGUCCGACUUAUGACGGACGCCCUCACCACACAGAAGAUGCAUUCGCUCAUGGCCUCAGUGGAUGUAUUGGUUUCAAUGCAUCGUUCAGAAGGCUUUGGCCUCCCAUUGCUGGAAAUGCUAAUGCUGGGCAAGCCAGUAAUCGCCACAGCCUACAGUGGAAACAUGGACUUCAUGUCCAAGCUGCCAGAGGACUUUCAGUUCCUCUUGAUUCCAUAUCGCUAUGUGGGGGUCAACGUGUCAGAGCCGUUCAAGCACAUCUACAGAUCGGACCAGCGCUGGGCAGAUCCAGAUAUUGAGCAAGCCGCCAAGGCAAUGGUAAUGUUGGCUUCAAACCAAAGCCUCCGGGACAGAUGUGAAGCUGUAGUUGGGCCUUUGUUCCGGGAAACUUUUGGCCAGUGGAGCGUUGGCAUGAGAAUGAAAGCCCGACUGCGAGCUAUUCAUGGGAAGUCUUCUUGA